GCGCCGAGUCUCCGAUCAGCAGUUCGCGUGGUUGCUGCUCCACGCUGCUCUCUGGUGCGAUUAUUAUUUGUGAUUUACGGGACUUUGUGUUACGCUCAAGCGUGAUUCGACAAAAUGAGCAUACUGAAUCGAUUUCCACUCGCUCGUCUGAGCGUUCUCUGUCACAAGAAUGUCUCUCGUUUUUCCACUAAAAAAGACGACGGUCCGCCGAUACCGACGAAUCAGCUGAAGGACACGUACAGUGCCAGUGAGCAAACCGAUACCGGGGUGAUAUACGACAAAAAGCCGUUCAGGAUACGCCUUACAGCCGGCAAGAAUUACUCGUGGUGCCUCUGCGGAAGGAGCAAGAGCCAGCCGUUCUGCGACGGCACGCACAAAGACAUCUUCUUCAAGAUAAAGCUCAGGCCCAUACGUUUCACCGUCUCGGAGACCAAGGACUAUUGGCUGUGCAAUUGCAAGCAGACGUCGAACCGACCCUUCUGCGAUGGCACGCACAAAAGACCGGACAUACAGGAGAAGAGGACGUGAAACCGCAUUGUUGAUAUAGAAUAUGGAUUUCGAAGUAAAAAUUACCUUUUAUAAUGUGCCAUGUCUUUUAUGGGCAGGUCUAUAGAGUUGGUGUACAUAAUAUACAUAUUAAUAAAAUAUCUGACAUAUAUUAUAAA